CCGUGGCGCAUGGAGGAAGAACUUGGAGCCGCUCUGCAGCACGGCUAUCAAUCGGUCUGUAAGGAAUUGGUCAGACAGGCAGACUCAGUCGGGGACUAAGAUCAAGAUAGAGAGUGGAUAUAUUUCGGAAUCCCGAGACGCGAGCUAGCAGUGAGUUCUCACACCGUUCUCUCUUACUUUAUAGAUUGAGAUGAAACAUUUUGUUCAAGGAGUGCCCAUAGGAUGGGUGGCAAUCAUGCUGGCCCUCUUGGCGUCAAUGGGUGGUUUCAUCUUUGGCUAUGACACUGGUCAGAUAUCAGAUAUCAUGUUGAUGGAUGAUUUUCUUCUUCGCUUUGCCACCUGCUCCACACCCGGAGAUGUAUCCACUUGUUCAUUCUCCACUGUACGGGAAGGUCUCAUCGUUUCUCUUCUCUCCAUCGGAACCCUCGUCGGCGCGCUCCUGGGUGCACCCACCGCUGACUUUUUAGGACGUCGUUAUGCCAUGUCCGCGGAGUGUGUGAUAUUCACAAUUGGAGUCAUCAUUCAGAUAGCUUCGGAACGCGUCUGGCAGCAAUUUGCUGUCGGCCGGUUUGUUAGUGGCUUGGGUGUUGGAGCACUUAGUGCUGCCGUUCCGAUGUAUCAAGCCGAGACAGCUCCAUCUCAGAUCCGUGGUACUUUGACCGCAACUUACCAACUGUUCAUUACGUUCGGUAUCUUGGUUGCUUACUGCAUCUCAAUUGGAACCCGGGACAUCUCCAACUCCGGUUCAUGGCGCAUCGUUGUUGGUAUCGGCAUCCUGUGGGCACUGAUUCUCGGCAUCGGUAUCCUCUUCAUGCCAGAGAGCCCUAGAUGGCUUGCCGCGCAUGACAGAAUGGAGGAGGCUCGGUCGUCUCUCGCGCGUGUUCGUGGUGUUUCCGAGGAAGAGGCGAAGAGCCACCAUAUCAUCGCUGGUGAGGUCGAGGAAAUCAAGUCUUCCAUCGAAUACGAAAGGCAGGUUCGUGCCGGGUGGAUUGACUGCUUUAAGCCGAAAAACAAGACUUUAUACCGCACCCUUCUUGGAAUGAGUCUACAGAGCAUUCAACAGCUCACUGGCGCAAAUUACUUCUUUUACUACGGCGCAACUGUGUUCAAAUCAGUAGGUCUCAGCGACUCGUUUGUGACUCAAAUCAUUCUUGGCGCUGUCAACUUUUUCUGUACGUUCGGCGGAAUGUAUGUCCUCGAAAGGUUUGGGCGUCGCAGACCCCUGAUCGUUGGAGGGAUCUGGCAAUCAAUAUGGCUUUUCGUCUUCGCCGCUGCUGGAACUUCUGUAGAUCCUACGACUCAUCCUGGCAUUGGGAAAUUGAUGAUCGUGUCCGCCUGCAUGUUUAUCUUGGGUUAUGCAAUGACCUGGGCUCCUGGUGUCUGGAUUCUUAUUGGAGAAACGUUCCCUACACGGACCCGUGCCAAGCAAGGCAGUCUGUCGACCGCUGCAAACUGGAUUUGGAAUUUCCUAUUGGCGUUCUUCACGCCCUUCAUCAGUAGUGCCAUAAACUACCGCUACGGUUUCGUCUUUGCAGCAUGCAACUUGACGGGAGCUGUUGUCGUGUAUUUCUUCCUUUACGAAUCAUCUGAUCUUUCACUAGAAAGUGUUAACAUGAUGUAUACCAACCCUAAUUGCAAACCUUGGACUUCUGGGGAAUGGGCUCCACCCGGGUAUUCCUCGCGCCAGGAUCUUAUUGAUCAAACUAGAGCCGCGGAGACGCAUAAACCCCUUACACUUGAGGAAGGCAAAAUGGAGAAAUUAUCUGAGUCCUCUGCGGACGGAUCAUAGUCGACUGCUGAAUAAUAUUGAGCAGACACACUUCAUUUAUAUAUGCCGAGUUACUUGUCUUUGUUGAUGAUAUACUUAGUCUUCGGCAAGGCUCCCUCGCAGCCUUUAAUGUCAUGUUACCCUUGAUGCAUAUUUGAGGAUCUUGAUGCUGGUAUCCGUUCUUGAAGUUCCAAUAUGACGCGUACUUAUCUAUCACCUGAUCCCCUAUGCAUAUGGACUCAAGCACAUCAUUCGGUCUGACCAAAUUU